AUCAGAGAAGCGCAUUACCACAUUGUCCUGCUGAUUUCAUUCCUCUGCGCCGCGUGCUUGAUUCCUCCUCGCAACCAACCUUCUCCCAUCUCUUUACUUUCGCAUCGUUGUAGCAAUCAUGGCUGAUGAAAAUAAUGAGAUGAAGGAAGUGAAGGAAGAGCAAGAACUCGCACCAUUUGAUCCAACCAAGAAGAAGAAGAAGAAGAAAGUUGUCAUUCAAGAUCCUAUCGAGGACUCUACAGAGUCACAGCCCGAGAAAUCUGAUUCACUGCCUGCUAAUGAUGGCCUUGAGAGUUCAUUUGCUGGACUGAAAAAAAAGAAAAAGAAGCCUGUUGAAAUUUCAAGUUCAUUGAAUGAAGAAAGUGUGGAUGCUGCAGAAGAUUUGGAUGAGCAUGCUAAUGACGAGGAAGAUGCAGAGGGAAUAGAUUUGCAGCAGCAGCAACGUUACCCCUGGGAGGGAAGUGAUAGGGAUUACAUAUAUGACGAGCUUCUUGGUAGAGUCUUUAACAUUCUCCGUGAAAACAAUCCGGAGCUUGCUGGAGAUAGGCGUCGUACAGUUAUGAGGCCUCCCCAAGUUCUUCGUGAGGGAACAAAGAAGACUGUGUUUGUCAACUUCAUGGACCUUUGCAAGACGAUGCAUCGUCAACCGGAUCAUGUAAUGAAUUUCUUGCUUGCUGAGUUGGGUACCAGUGGCUCCCUUGAUGGGCAGCAAAGAUUGGUUGUCAAGGGGAGAUUUGCACCCAAGAAUUUCGAAGGGAUAUUGCGGCGCUAUGUCACUGAGUACGUCAUUUGCCUUGGUUGCAAGAGCCCGGACACAAUUCUCUCAAAGGAGAAUCGUCUCUUCUUUCUCAGAUGCGAGAAGUGUGGAUCUGGACGAUCUGUGGCGCAGAUCAAAGCUGGUUUUGUUGCUCGUGUUGGUCGUAGGAAGACUUGAGAAAUUUCUGGGUGAAGUGUGUGGACUUUUGUCUUUGGAAACCAAAGAGCUUGUGACGGAGUUAAGAUACUGUUGUUUUUCGUUUGUUUUUUUGGAAUGUGAGGCUAUGAUUCAACUUUGUUUGUCUCGUGUGGCUCGAAAUGUCGAAUGGAAUCAGUAAAAUCCCUGGGGUUUCAGCUAAGGAUUUUAGGAGACUGAGUUUUGGGAGAUUCUGUAUUUUUAUUAAAAUACUUUGUUAUUCAACUAAGGAUUUAAAAAAAUCUUAUAAAUCUUAUAAAAUCC